CUAGCGCCUCCCGUCCGCCAUAUUGGAUGUUUUAGAAGAGAAGAACCCACAGAUAAAAUCCAUUAACAUCGUCUGAAUCGACGGGACUCAGACAAAAUGGAGAAUACGUACGGUAUCGGUGUAAAAAACAGAUACGAACUGUUUUAUAACGAGGAAGAGGAUCCACUCGAGAUAUUAAAACAGCAAGAAGAAGAAAGAGAGCGAAGGAAGGCCGAAAAGUUACAGAAAGAUAAAACGAAAAUUGGAAAAAUCGGUAAUAAAGAAACUAAAGUGAUUCAAACUAAAAAGAAUUUGAAAGAAACAACACAGAUUAAUAAUAACAAAGUGCAAGAAAAUACAGAUGCUCUUCCUAAGCCUCGAAAUUCAAAACCAUUUAUUGAAAGAAGUGGGAAGCAAGGAUCCCGUGAGGAACCAAAGGAAAUAGAAGAGAGGAAGAAUCGUAGAAAUCGUGAAGAGAGGCUUGAUAGACCACCUGCUUCAGUUGACAUACGGGAUCGUGGUGACAGUGAAUUUCGCCGGGGGCGUGGAAGAGGUGGUCGAGGCAGAGGUCGUGGAAGAGGAGGGGGAGGAGGUGGUGGUGGUGGUGGUGGUGGAAGCAGUGGUGGUGGAUUUGGCAAUUAUGAUAAUCGUGGUAAAAGAGAAUUUGAUCGUCAAAGUGGAAGUGAUAAAAGUGGUGUGAAAUUUGUGGAAAAAAGAGAAGGUGCUGGUGCACACAAUUGGGGCAUGGUAAAGGAUGAAAUGGAAGAGAAUGAACCAACUACUAUAGAAGAAAAUCCAGAAUCUGUUGAAGAAGGCCCAAAGGAAAUGACUUUGGAUGAAUGGAAGAGAGAACAAGAAAGUAAGCGAUCUGUCCCAAAAUUCAAUUUAAGAAAACCAGGAGAAGGAGAAGAUACUACACAAUGGAAAAAAUUAUACGUUUUGAAAAAGAAAGCCAAAGAAGAUGACGAUGAUGAAGAAGAGGACGAUGAUGAUAUUGAAGAGGAAGAAGAAUUUGGUAGAAGAGGCCGACAAAGACAUUUGGUUGACAUUCAGAUAAACUUCAGCGACUCUCGCCGUGGUCGAGGAAGAGGAAGAGGCGGUCGUGGUUUAGGAGGAAGAGGUCGCGGAGGAAUGAAUCGUGGAGGUGCAAAGGGCCCUAAGUCAGAACAACUCGCUCCUCGUGUGGAUGACUGGAAUGACUUUCCUUCUUUAAUUACAGCCUAAAUACCUCUGUCCUAUCCACAGGCUACAUCUUUAAAGUUUGGCACUCUACAAAAACUGUCCUCAAAACUUUUCUUGUUAUAUAGAAAUCGCGUAAAAAAAUUGUUUUGAUGGACAAAUUGGAGAAGCCUAACAAUGUUUAGAUUAUUUGCAGCUCAUUGUGACAGAGGCUGAAUAGAUCAGCCUUUUGUAUUGAACUCUUAUUGUCCCAAUGUUUUCAGCAUUGAAAAUAUGCUAAUAUAACUUGUUGCUGGUCAUCCUGUAAACAAGGAAGACAUUGUCAGUCAUUAACUAGUUAGUAACGGAAAAUCGUGCAUCCGUUGCUUAAAAGAUCAUAAAUAGAAUCGGGUCAUAAAUGGUAGUUGUUACCACUGAUUUGUCUUAAAUGUUGGUUUGUUGUCCUAUGUCCCAUACAGCUUACAGACAAACAUAGGUGAGUGGUUGUCUCGCCGUCACUACUUCAAUCAUCACUGAUGUGCUUUCAAGUCAAAUCUGGUCGAAUUUACUGGAAGUUAUAUUCUGCAUCUGUUGAUUUAUUGAGUUUGUCAAAAUAAAAAUGAAAUUGUCAUGGUGCUAUUGUGGUUUUUUGUAAUGACUUUAUUAUUAGUAAUUAUGAGCAGUAACAAGAGUCAAGGAAAAUUAGCACGAAAUCUGUGUCCACGUGACAAAUUUGGUUUUAUCAAAAAAAUAAUACAGAAUUUCAUUCAGUACCUGAUUCAAAAUUCUUCCCAAGGAAGUUUGCCUAAAUGUUCGCUUUCCUAUAAGCUGUAACUUUUUUGUCUUACUAUCUUAAUAUCUAAAUUUCUAUUUGGUCAAAAGAAUAUUGUUUAUUUAAGGACUAAAUUGCAUGCCUAGAUGCACUUCCCCCUUUAUUGCUUUUGUUUUUGCCUGGUUAAAUUAUAAAGUGACUGCUUUGGAUUCAAAAGUCAGUGUGUGUGUUUUUAUUUUCUUGUAUACUUUUUCAUUUUCGAAUGAAAAAUUGUUCUAAAAAUUUAGUGCCAUUGAUAUUAUCGAAGAGAAUACUAGUUAAUAUGAAUGCAUUCUGGUGCAUUUUGAUGGUAGAUAUUUCUCAGUUGCAUCAUGUAAUCAAGCUAAAUGAGUAAAAUAUUAACUUCUGUUUAACCAAUGUAUCUCAUCUUUCUAAUAAAUAAUGCACAAAUUAAA